ACCUUCCAGCUUCUGGGCAGAGAGCAGAGACGCAGAGUUAGAGAGACACUAGAGACACACCGACUGAUUAAUUUUGAAGGCUCGCCCUCCUGGAAAAAUGCUUUUCUUUCUUGAAAAUUCUAUUCAUGAGCCUUGUUUGAAUAAAAAUUAACAUGGAUUUUUGGCAGCCGAACCCUAGGGCUGAGCCAUUUAUCCCCAAAAGGGACGUCAAUUUGUCCAGAUUGAAUAAAUUCUCAAAAGAAAUACUGACCAAAAACCACAUUUUCAACAAGUUUUUUCAGACUUUGCUUGUUGUUAUCUUGAUAUUUACAAUCGGCAUAAACAUGAUUUUCAUUUUGGACACAAGUCAAAGGUUGAGAGGUGAACUUAAUAAUUUUGGAUCCAGUUUUGUAGUGCAAGAUGAAAAGGAACACGGUGGUUUUGUGGUCCAAGAUAUAAUGCCAGCAUCUCUAACAAUAGAAGUGCUUUCUAGUCAAUCUCGAGUCACAGUGACAAUUGAUGGAGCUACAAUUUUAGAAGAUGGAGAAAAGGGUGAGGGGAGAGGAAUCCAUGUAGUUGUAUUAAACCAAGCAAGCGGAAGUGUUAUGUCACAGCGACUCUUUGAUACAUAUUCUUUACACGAAGAUGAAGCAAUGUCUUUAUUUUUAAGUAUGAUUUCUGAUGGAAGAAUAAUCAUUUUUGCUAUUAAAGAUGAAGGAACUUUUCAGUUAAAAACAGCAGCUCGUAAUCUUUUGGGAAGGUUAGGCUCGAGACAUGCCCAAGGAUUAAGUUGGCGUGAUAUGUGGGCGAUGGUCACUCAGAAAGGUGGAAAGGUUUAUGGGGAAUCUUAUAGCAAAAGUGCUGCUUUCAGCUCUUGGGGAACUUCAGUUAUUCUCAGGGUUCAAGUUCCCCUAAUCCCAGUUGAAAGAAGUGUUUGUGCAUGGCCUGAUAAUGAAGAAAACAAAAGAAGAUUGCAAUUCUGCAACAGAAUUGAAGGCUACGGUAGCGUUUGCAGCUGUGAAGAACCGGCUUCACUCACUUUCAACCCCGAGCCAGUAGAAGGUAACAAUGUUAUAAACGUGCCGGUCGUGGUAAUAGCUAGCAAUAGGCCACACUAUUUAUACCGAACUUUGAGGUCUCUACUGUCAGCCAGAGGUGCACAAAAAGAUAUGAUCACUGUUUUUAUUGACGGCUAUUUUGAGGAACCACUUGAGGUUACUAAACUACUCGGUCUCCGUGGUAUACAGCACACUCCCAUUGGGUACAAAAAUUCAAGAAUAUCUCAACACUACAAAGCAUCAUUUUCUGCAAUUUUUAAUAUGUUCCCCAAAGCUCAGUAUGCUAUAGUUGUGGAAGAAGAUUUAGACGUUUCUGAAGAUUUUUUCAGCUUCUUCAGCCAGACAGUCAAAUUGUUGGAGAUGGAUCCUACAAUAUAUUGCAUAUCAGCAUGGAAUGAUUUAGGUUAUGAAGAAACCAGCAGCAAUGUUUCUACCCUUUUGAGAGUUGAAACUAUGCCUGGCCUUGGUUGGAUACUCAGCAGAGUGUUAUACAAGAACGAAUUAGAAUCUAAAUGGCCAACUCCAGAAAAGAUGUGGGACUGGGAUAUGUGGAUGAGGCUGUCAGAUAUUCGAAAGGGGAGAGAAUGUGUUAUACCUGAAGUGUCAAGAACAUUUCAUUUUGGAUCCUCAGGAAUAAAUAUGAAUUCGUAUUUUCAAGAUCGCUACUUCAAGAGUCAUUCCUUUAACACACAACCACAUGCCAAAUUGCAAAAUAUUGAAACUAUCUUGAAAAAUAAAUAUGAAGAACUGAUAAAUAACAUUAUAAGAAAUGGAACAUUUCUCAACUACACCAAAUCACCAUGUGAUGAUAAUUUUAUUCCCUCUCAACCUAAGGGAAGUUCUAAUAAGAUUUAUAUAUUUUUUAUCAAAAUGGUUGAUUCCAAAGAUUUUGAAACUUGGCUUCAAGUAGCAAAGUGCUUUAAAAUAUGGGAUUUGGAUGCAAGGGGAUAUCACAAAGGAAUGUGGAGGCUGAGAAUUAAACAGCACCAGUUGUUGGUAAUUGGCUAUCCAUUUUCUCCAUACUCUGUUUAUAAACCUGAUUACUACAUACCGUUAAACCUUCAACCAGUGAACAAAGAUGCCACAGUACAUUAAAUGUCCCGUAGAAAUAUCAAUUUCAUUACAUUUCUAAAAAGUUUACAAAAAUCGAUUUUCAAUCAUGAGUAAUUUAUAAGAAAUGUGUCAAACCAUUUAGCUUUUAGUUCAAAUUGCCUACCUACUAAGAUUAACGCUAAAUGUUUAUCAUGACCAUUUAAAAAUAGCAGAUGUAAGAUGUUGCACUUAACAUUUUGUUUGAGUGAUUUUUUUUUUUUAGAUAUCACACAAAUAUCAAAGUAAAUCAAGGUACUGCACAUGAUGAACUAAUUCUCAAUUAAAUUUCAGAAAUCAACAUAUUUUAUUACAGUUAGAUCUGAGACAUAAAAUCAAGUUUUCUACGCGGGAGUUUUAACAUUAAAUAUUAGGAGUGAAUACUGAAUUGUAUUAUAUUGUAAAAAUAAUAUUUUGUAUUUGUUUUUUAAA